AGACUCAUCUUUUAAGACUUCGAGGAUAAUAGAAUAUAAUACACAAGCAGAGAGUCAAACACUACGAUCACGCGACUAAACCCUUUCGCCUCCUUUUGAAAUGUCUCUGUAUUAUGGCUAUUUCUCGUUGCUAUACCAACUAAACAAGAAAACAGAAGUUGAGUGAUUGCGUUUUGAUCAGGGAAAGGGGGUGUCGCAAGCAUCACACAGCUUGUUAAAAACUCAUCAGACUCCAAUCGGCAACCAAGUUAGAUACCUAUCCAAUUUGCAUUUUGUUAAUAUGUCACCGAAGCAGGGUUUCGGCCCUCAACUAGUCGGCAAUCCCUUCAUCAAGAAGGAGAAUUUAGAAUGGACUUUCGAUCUUUCUAAUCCGGCAUGCGACAGCCGUGAAGAUAGUAGCUCCGAUGACACAGGUGACUACGAACCCGGGGCGGAGGGAAAAAAUCCAAAGGCUUCGGCUGUAGAGGCGGGCGAGGCCAGAAUCGACGACUAUCUCGGCUACUUCAGCGGACUCCUGGAGAAGGCUAUACUGUCGUCGCCUUUCCCGUCGGAUAUGCCACGAUUACCUAUCGAAGCAUACCGAAAGCUUUACGAAGAGAACUCGGGCAAUCCGCGAGGUGCGCACUUCGUCGUGCAUCAGCACGACCAUCCCAUCGCGGGCACGCAUUACGAUCUCCGCUUGCAGAUCAACGAGACGAGCAGCGCGUCCUGGGCUAUUAUGUACGGCCUCCCGGGGGAUCCGAAUAGCCAGCGUCUGAAUAGGAACGCCACGGAGACGAGGAUCCACUGUCUAUGGAACCAUCUCAUAGAAACAGCCUCGAUAUCGACCGGCUCCCUCCUGGUAUGGGAUACAGGGACGUACACCGUCCUCCCGCCACGGGGAAACUUUAAGCCAGCUAAUUUCAACUCCCAAUCCGACGCGGAGGAGAGAGGAGGAGAAGAAGAAGAAGAGAGAGAAGAGAAAGAGUGGGCAAACCUCACGGAGCAGGAGAAACUCCACCACGCGUUCCAGAUGCGGAAGAUCCGCAUCCGACUCGCCGGCACGCGUCUCCCGCACAACUACGUGCUGAACCUGCGCCUGACCAAGGCCGACGACGCAGCCGGGCGCGCGAAGAGCACACGCGGGCGUACGCGGGGACGCCGGCGAGGAGCGCCCUUGUCGGGACUCGGUAGAAGAAGAAGAAGAAGGGGCGGGGGAAGAAAACGUGGGGCGAUCAUCGAAUUGGAAACAAGCUCCGACUCCGACUCAGACUCAGAGGUACCUCAUAGAGAAGGUCACGAUGGUGAUGGUGCGGGAAACGAAGAAUCGGAGAUCAUACCCGCUGCCCCGCCCGCCGGGCAGGUAAACGCGCGAGAAGCGGCCGCCGUCUCGGCGGUGGAGCGCGAGAUCCGCGAGCUCGAGGACGAGCAGGUGCGGCGGACGAACGCGUACCCCGGCGCGGAGAACUCGAUCGGGAGCGUGCACCAGCGGCGGUGGUACUUGUCGCUCGACAGGGAGGCGUGCGGGUUCGUGAAGAGGCGGAGGGCGGGGCGGGUGGUUUGGGAGGACAAGGAAGAGGCUAAGGAGGAGGGGAAGGAAGAAGUACAAGGACAUGCUGACGAUGAUGAUGAUGAUGAUGGCGGUGGUGGUAGUGGUAGUGAGAAUCGACUCAAGUUCCCGUUUUACGUCUGCGGCGCGGAGCUCGAGAGGAGCGUGGUGACGGGUCGGACUGGCGCCGAUGUAUUGAAGGACGAAGGUGUUGUUGGACAUAUUGGACGGAAGGGCUGGCGGCCUGUGUUGAAUUAAGUUGGGCGAUGGCUUGGGCUUUCUCGGGUUUGAGGAAGAUUUCGUAUUACUUUUAGGCCCGCGAAUAAGAUUGAACUUUGCGAUGCAGUCCACCUCCUCUCCUUCCUAAUAGCUUCCUUGCUCGGCUCUUUCGAAUGCCCUAUCAUAUAGAUGUGUGUGCCUAUACAUAUAUUCGUCGUCUAUGUCCACCGCGAUGGCUUCGUUAGCAUAUAUACCUGGUAUAUAUAUAUAUAUUGUGGCCGGAACUGUUCAAAAUUCUCACGGGCGUAGCGAUAUAGCCAGGUAAUUGUAUAAACUUGAGCUUUGUAAGUGAAACAUCAUCGUUGAAGUGGUAGGCAAAUGUAGGUACCUAGGUAGUCAGAUGGCUCGAAUAGCUUCGAUAUCACUACAAGUUUCAGCUUGAAAUUUGACAUGCCAGCAUAUCUUCCGGGAAAGGUUCACAAUGCUAUUUGGGAUAUAUCCUUACCUACCUGGUACGUAGAAGACCUAUACCAGGUAACAACACUCAAGACGUAGGUACCUAUCAUAUCUUCAUCCACAAGUCAGAACG